AUGUGCCCUGCUGUGUGCAUCCCUAGCCCUGUGCUGGGUGCCAGCACAGGUGCACUGCUGCUGCUGCUGCUACUGGGGCCUCUAGGAGCAAAUGGUGACUGUGGAAUCCCCCCAGAGAUGCCCAACUCACAGCACAACCUGAAGGGGGUGAACAGAAGUCCUGAGGGGACCAUCGUGACCUAUAAGUGUGACCCCGGCUUUGUGAAGUUGCCAGGCCUGCCUGACUCUCUACAUUGUGAAAACGGCCAGUGGUCCCAGUUGCAAGUGUCCUGCAAGCGCAGCUGUAAUGUUCCUACAAGACUACUUUUUGCAGCUCUCCAAAAGCCUUAUAAUAGCCUGAAUUACUUCCCAGCGGGCACCAUUGUGGAAUAUGAAUGCCGGCCAGGCUUCUAUAGGAUUGAAUCUCUCUCCAGGAAACUCAUUUGCCUCCAGAAUUUUACGUGGUCCAAAGCAGAAGAAUUCUGUAAAAGAGAGUCAUGUCCGGACCCUGGAGAAAUAAAAAACGGUGAUGUCCGAGUAACAACUGACAUUCUAUAUGGUUCAUUCAUCACCUUCUCAUGCAAUGCAGGGUACAGAUUAGUUGGGGAAGAGUCUAGCUAUUGUAUCGUGAUAAAAGGCAAAGUUGGGUGGAGUGACCCCUUGCCAGAAUGCAAAGAAAAGUCCUGUCCUGAUCCUGGAGAAAUAAAAAAUGGUCACGUCAAUGUAACACAUGGCAUGCUGUUUGGUGCAAAUAUCACUUUCUCAUGCAGUAAAGGGGUUGGCAGCAGAGGCUUGAGAGGCAGUCCAGGUUCCACCCUUUUUGAGAGGUUCCAGUUCACCUCCAAUCAUGUGGAUUCCACAGAAGCUUCUGGCCAAAACCUACAGUUGCGAAUUCAGGUAGCAGCAGCUUGA